AAAUUACAUUUAGUUAUUUGUGCUGUAUUUCUGGGUCUGUGACGUGUCACUGAAAAUCUGUUAAAGAAAGUCUAUAAUGCCACUGUUCAGUACACAUUGGAUGCACUCUGCCACUCACUCUAUUAGUGAAAUUUGAAUUUGAACUUUUGUGUCUACCCUCAUUUCAAGUGUAUGUCCCCUACGGCGGAACCGAGGAGGGCGACAUUGAGUCUUGUGAAAUGAUUCGAUGGAGUGUUUAACAUUCAUUUUAGCUGAGUUAUCCGUACAACGUAUAAACAAAUGUGUGUUUUUACGGAAAGUUGGAGGAACGGACAAGCACAUAUUUGUUAAGUAGAGAUAAGUGAGGACCGAUAAAAACUAAUGAAUUUCUGCACCGAGGAAGAAGUAGCUCAUUUCCUCUAUUUGCUGGCAAUUUGUAUCGUUGUAUGUAGUCUGAUAUAACGUAGCACUAUAAAGCGUCUUAUUCGUUAUUGUCUACGAAAUAGUGUUGAGUUCUAUCAUGUUGUUGGACAAAAUAAACGCUUUGUUGCGUAUAGUACUACUCAAGAAAGUGUUUACACAAAUUAGCAAUUUAUCCUCCCUCCUUCAGUGGCUGCAGCUUGUGCUGCUGCUGCUGCUGCUGCUGCUAAAAAUGGAGUCGACACUGUUUACAAUAUGGCGACCUCCCGGUUCCCUUUUUUCUGUUCCACCGCCAUCUUAACGUCCAGAGCGCUUAGUGAAAAGGUUUAAUCAAGAACACAGAAUAGCUGUCAAAAUCUUUUGAACUGGAUUAGCCGCGUGCCGGUGUGUGGAAAAGAUCGGUUAGAUUGUUGCAUGUCUCAGCAGCUGCAUCCGCGUUUUUUAUUAAACAGCUGAUUGUUAUAUAUGGCAUUUGCAAAAUUUGAAUUUAAACUACCAUCUAGAAAGAACCAGAGGCUCGUUUUAUGCAUAAGUGACCAGUAAUCCACCUCUUAGUGAAGAAAUGCUUCCCCCAGGAGAAUGGAUGUGUCAUCGCUGCAAUGUUCGAAAAAAGAAGCGAGAGCAGAAGUCAGAACAGACAAAUGGCUUACCAGAACGAUCCUCAACCAAACGCUCUGCAUCCCCAGCUGUGGAGCUGGAGCUCAAUGCUGGCCCACUACGACUUGAUGGCUUGCCACCAGGAGCUGGUGCUGCAGGACCUGGUCUAAGGGUGGCCCAAGUACGUCUCUUGGAUCGCAGGACCAGUAGUAGGCCAAGUAGCCGACCAGGGACACCCACCUCCAACACUUCAUCCACCCCAACACCCUCAGAAGAGCAAAAUGAUGGGGAAGAAGACGCAGCAGAACCCGAAGAUGAAGAUCAGAGUGCAGAACUUGAAGGCGCUGCACUAUCUGCUCCAACACCACGUCUCCUCAAGAGGCCAUUCCAGCUACUAAUUGCAGCUGCUAUGGAGAGAAAUCCCACACAGUUCCAGCUGCCCAGCGAGCUCACAUGCACUACUGCCCUGCCAGGCAGCAGUAAAAGGAGGAGGAAAGAGGAACUACUUGGGAAACCAUUCAGGAGACCUCAGCAUGAACUCGAUCCCAAUGGUCUGGUUCCUCUACCAGUUAAAGUCUGCUUUUCUUGCAGCAGGAGUUGCAGGUUGGCUCCACUAAUACAGUGCGAUUAUUGUCCUCUUCUGUUUCACAUGGACUGUUUGGACCCUCCACUCACUGCUUUACCUGCUGGCAAAUGGAUGUGUCCAAACCAUGUUGAGCACUUAGUGCUGAAUCAGAAGAGUCUGAGACUGUCCAGCCGCUGUCAGCUGUUUGACCAGUUCCAGGACAGGAUGUCACAGCAUGCUGUUAAGUUGGAUUUCUUGCGUAGAGUCCAUCGUAAAAAUGCCCCUAACCGGCGUACAACCAGUCAGCACAAUAAGACCAUCAAGGUUCCAGAUGCCAUCAAGUCCCAAUACCUGAAUCCUCCUCCCAUACUACUUCCUGCAGGACUUCGGCAGUUGGAGCUUGUUUGUAGUGGCAUUCCUGACCAUCAGCCAUCAAAGCAUCUCACCACAGAGGCUGAACAGCAGGAGUGGCUUCAGGAUGUCAUUGCCCUCCAGUGCAGCAUUAUGCGACACCUGUGUAUCAAACAGAAGGCUUUGUCCACAGAAUGGGAAUUUGAACAGAAGGCCAACAGUAAAACAUUUGACACAUCGGAGAACAAGAAGAAUCAGGCCUAUAUAGGAAGGACCUCACCAGAGAUUUGCUCUAAACUGAGCAGUACCCCUGAUGACCCCCAGAGGAGUACUCCUUCAAGGGACAACCCAGUGGAGCUUGAUGUUUAUAAAUGCAGCAUGACUCCAUGUCAUAACUGUAUAAAAUCCAGUGAACCUCUAGCGGGGUCUCAGCCGUCCAAAGUCAAUGUACCUGUAGUAUGUAACAGUGACUCAGACUGCUGCAGGCACACUGAGCUGCAACACAGACUGAAGCCUGCUACAACUCCUCUAGACUCACCUCCUACCUCGGCUCUGGUGAACCACAUAAACACAGAGACCGUUAAAAAGGAACCUGAAAGCUCUACAGGGACCUGCAUUGAGAAAAAUCGCCCUACUGCCCCAAUGAUAUGGGCCCACCAAAGCCAGCAGAACCACAAGGAUAAAAUGGAGAUCCAGGAGGAGGGCGUGAGUAGUGAUGAGAAACCCUCCUACUCUCUCACCAGCAGUGCCCACUCAGACACACCAUCAUCUAAAGGCCAAGAGCUGAACUCAACCAAGCAGGGAUCAUCAUUGCCACCUGCUCAAGAUAUAAAAGCUGGACCUGACAUUCUUUCCUCAAUGACUUCACUUUCCAGCUGUGUGAAAGAUGGAAAGAGUGAUGACAGGAUCGAGUUGGACAAACUGGACGCAGACAUGAUAAAGCUCUUGGCCUGGCAGAGGAUCCAACAGCUCUUCUCUCUCAAAGCACCUAGUUCUCUGUCUACCCCAGCCAGCAGUGCUGCCUCUAAAACAUCAUCCUCCCAACAUGACGGUCAGAAGGUGCAGGCCCGAGCUGUCUUUUACCCUGUAGCAGGAAAAGGAGCAGCUGUCAGCAUGUGCUAUAGGACACUAUACAUAGGAUCUGGUGCUGACAUGGACGUGUGCCUUACAAACUAUGGUCAUUGCAACUAUAUAUCUGGGAAGCAUGCCUGUAUUUUCUAUGAUGAGAAUACCAAACAUUAUGAGCUGCUCAACUACAGCGAGCACGGCACCACCGUAGACAACGUCCUUUAUUCAUGUGACUUUUCUGAAAAGAUCUUACAGUCUCCACCCAGCAGCCUGGUGGCCAAAGUCCAAGGAGUCAUCCACUGCAGUAAAAAGCAUGAGGAAGACCAGGGUCCCACAUCUGUGGUAGGCCUGUCGCCAGCUGGUGGAGUGAUGAGCAGCCAAUCUCAGGGCAGUGCAGCGCAAUCAUGCAGCUGUAAGGCCAGCAGCUCCAGUUUGAUUGGAGGCAGUGGGGCAGGCUGGGAAGGCACAGCCCUGCUCCACCAUGGCAGCUACAUCAAACUGGGCUGCCUCCAGUUUGUGUUCAGCAUCACUGAGUUUACCAGUAAGCAGCCCAAAGGGGAGCAGACUGUUCCUUCUGCCACCAGUUACACUAGCACCUACAACAGCAGUGCAACUAGCGCCACAACCAGCAUCACCCCCACCUACACACCACCACCACCACCACCACCCCCCAACGCUGCCACCGUUAGCAGUCCUUCCAGCCCAGAUGAAACUGAAGCAGAGACUGUCCCGCCCCACCAAGUGCCCGUACUGCGCUCUAACUCUGUUCCAUAGCCCAAACAGGAGCUCUGUCCUCCUUCCUCUUGUUUGCACCUCAAAGCCACAAUAAAGGGAAAGCUGCACAUCUGGUUGGUAAACAGGGAUUUUUUUUACUGGUUUAUACCUUUGCAUGAACUUGAAGUAUCAUUGACAAUCUGUUGUUUUUUUUUUUUAAACUGACUGUAACGAUUUGUUCACUUCAGAGUUUGAGCACUAUUAUUUACCUUUGCUCAGUUUUGCCAGUAUAUUUGUUAUGUACGUAUGAAACAUUUCUUUAACAACAGUUAGCCCAUUUAGAACAUACCUUUUUUUGUAGUACUGAAUUUUAUGAGUUUCAAGUUCUUUUGCUGCUUUUGCACCACAGGUAGCUAUAUAUAUAUAUAAUAUAUAUAUAUAAACCUACAUGCUCAUACACUGUGUGUGUGUGUGUGUGUGUGUGUGUGUGUGUGUGUGUGUGUGUGUGUGUGUGUGUGUGUGUGUGUGUGUGUGUGUGUGUGUGUGUGUGUGUGUGUGUGUGUGUGUGUGUGUGUGUGUGUGUGUGUGUGUGUAUAUAUAUAUAUAUAAUUCAGUUCUUCUCAAUUGGAGGAAAGUUGGGUUUCAUGUACAUGUACUAUAAUUUGGUUUUAAACUGUAAAUUUAAUGUAAUUUGUGAUACUGUGUAGAGUACCAGACGUUUUGUGAUAAAAUUUGUUCUUAGUCAGUACUUGUAAUCCAUCUUGUAAAUACCAUAAUGUUUUAGCACUCAUUUUAACAUCUUGUGCUGUUCUGUAUAUAAGCACUCUUUGUUUGUAUCUGAUUGUCUGUUCAAACCUGUAAAUACAGAACAAUUUUCUAAGAACAAAGUUA